AUGGACCAGUAUUUACGAGGAAAAUAUUCGAAUUCACUGGCAAAUGAUAAUGAACCUAGCACAAGUGGUGCUGUAAAAAAACAGAAGAUUUGGGAAAGAAAGUAUAACGAAGACUACAUUCGAUAUGGAUUUUCGUGUUGUGAUAAAGAAACACCACCCAAACCAGAAUGCAUCAUCUGCGGAGAAAUGCUAUCUAACGAAGCAAUAGUACCCAGUAAACUGCUUCGCCAUCUAAAUUCAAACCAUCGCAGUUACGCUAAGAAGGAUAAAUCAUUUUUUCUUAGGCUGUUAGAUCAAAGGCGAAAACAAAGGCAAUCACUGUUAUCGUCAGUCACAGUUUCUGAUAAAGCCAUAGAAGCUAGUUACCAUGUUGCAAGAUUAAUUGCACGUCAGAAAAAACCACAUACUAUUGGUGAGACACUCGUUAAACCAGCAUGCAUAGAAAUUGUUAAAUCCAUGCUUGCGCCUAGAGAAGUUAACGAAGUGAAAAAAGUACCGUUGUCAGCUGAUACUGUUAAAAAACGUAUCAACGAUAUGUCGAGCGAUAUUUUAGGAAUACUAAUUGCAAAACUGAAAACGGCUCAGAAGUUUGCACUUCAAAUUGAUGAGCCAACAGACAUUAAAAACCGAGCACAACUGAUAGCUAUUGUACGUUUCGUUGAUGAGGGCACCAUAACCAUAAAAGAACACUAUUUAUUUUGCAACGAGUUUCCAGAGCAAACUACCGGCGAGGAAAUUUUCCGAGUAACAGAUGAUUUUUUCAAAACCUAUGAUAUUCCAUGGAGUAAUUGUGGUGGAGUAAAUGGUGCUGCGGCAAUGAUGGGCAAUAAAAAAGGUUUUAUUUCGUGCGUAAAACGGCAAAAUCCUAAUAUAGAAAUUACACACUGUUGCAUACAUCGCGAAGCAUUGAUGAUCAAGAACUUGCCAACAGAACUAUUGCAAACGAUGAAUCAAUGCAUUACUAUCAUAAACAUUAUUAAAUCAAGAGCCCUAAAUUCGCGAAUUUUUAAACUAAUCUGUGCAGAAAUGGGAUCGGAUUAUGAAUCCCUAUUGUUUUACACUGAGGUACGUUGGCUAUCCCGAGGCAAAGUUUUGGCUAGAUUGUUUGAGCUUCGCAACGAGGCUCGUGAGUUUUUGUUAAAACAAAAUAUGACCGAACUACACCAACUUUUUGAAGAUAAUCACUGGAUGGCCAAACUUGCGUAUAUGGCUGAUAUCUUUGAGCACCUGAAUGAACUGAAUAAAAAAAUGCAAGGUCGAAGCGAAAAUUAUCUGACGUGUUCCGACAAGUUAAUGGGGUUUAAAAAUAAGCUUGAACUUUGGCAGAAAGAGUUACAAAAAGGAUCUCUAGAAAUGUUCCAAAGGACUUACAAGUCGAUGAUUAAAAACAAACAAUUAAUUCUGGAUCUGACUCAACCACAUUUAAGUUUGUUGCAAGAGAAAUUUAAUCACUAUUUUUUCACAAUUAAUACGGAGCAAUACAAUUGGAUAAGAAAUCCUUUUCUAACCGAUGCCGAAAAUUCAACAGAAGCACUUUCCCUUCAAAUUCGAGAGGAAUUUAUAGAAUUGAGGAACGACGGGACGCUGAAACUCAACUUCAGUGAAAUGCCAUUGGCUAAUUUCUGGAUUUCAGUUAAGAAAGAAUAUCCUCAAAUUUCUGACAAGGCUAUUGCAAUUUUGCUCCCUUUUUCUACGACAUACUUAUGCGAACAAAGUUUUUCGACACUGGUUCUAAUUAAAAAUGACAAACGAUCGUGUUUAAAGGGUCUUGACCACGAACUUCGGGUAGCACUUUCUAAUAUAGAGCCAAAUAUAAAACGUAUAUGUUCAUCAAAACAAGCUCAAAUAUCUCAUUAA